GGCAAGGUCAUCCCUGAGCUGAAUGGGAAGCUCACUGGCAUGGCCUUCCAUGUCCCCACUGCCAAUGUGUCAGUCGUGGAUCUCACCUGCCAUCUGAAGAAGUCUGCCAAAUAUGAUGAUAUCAAGAAGGUGGUGAAACAGGCAACUGAGAGCCCCCUCAAGGGCAUCCUGGGUUACACUGAACACCAGGUCAUCUCCUCUGACUUCAACAGUGACACCCAUUCUUCCACCUUUGAUGCUGGGGAUGGCAUUGCCCUCAAUGACCACUUUGUCAAACUCAUUGCCUGGUAUGAAAAUGAAUUUGGCUACAGCAACAGGGUGGUGGAUCUUAUGGCCCACAUGGCCUCUAAGGAGUAAGAACCCCCAGACCACCAGCCCCAGGCAGAGCACAAGAGGAAGAGAGGGGCCCUUAGCUGCUGGGGUGCCCCUGCCUACACAGUCCCCCACCUCACUGAGAAUCUCCCCUCAACACAGUUUCUACACCAGACCCCUUGAAGAACAAGAGGGUCCUAUGAGCCCCACCUUGUCAUGUAACAUCAAUAAAGU